AUGAGCCAACAAGAACAGCAAUUUGACAGUUAUGAUGAAUUUGAUGGACUUGACUUUGAUAUAGAAGAGGAGAUUAGGAAAAUCAUGACAUUAUCUCCGAUGUCGACUCCAACCUCGACUUUUUCCCCAACCGAUUCUACUACAACGGCGGCCACCGAGCCAGAAACCAAGGCUAAUCUAGAUACAAUAAGUUAUGUGAAGUCACUAAUGAUUGACGGUUCCAAGCUCCUUGGGUUGUACUCGACAUUAAAGAAUACGUACUUAAAGUUAUGUAAAGAGUAUAAUUAUUUAUUGACAAAGUUUAAUGAUAAUGAGAAAACGAAGUUGCAUUUGAUUCAGGAAAACGAGGAAUUGAAGCAGGUUAUAGCUGAGUUGUUAGAGGACCGCAGCGGGGUAAAGAAAAGAAAAUCAAGAAAGGUAAUGGCAUAG